AUGUCUGACCAACCAUUCAAGAGUAUUGGCAUCGUUGGUGCCGGCAACAUGGGGACCAUGAUGGCCUUUGGGUUUUCCGAGCAUGGGGUCAACGUAUCCCUCUGGGACGUCCAAUCUUCCAACGUGGACGAAGCUAUUGAUAUGACAAAACAGGAAGAUCCUAAACGGCUAAAAGGAAAAAUCAAUGGCUUCCACGAUAUUCACGAAUUCGCGUCUAGUGACGAACAGACUCCUGAGGGACAUAGGUUCUUUAUAUUCAGCAUCACGCACGGUGGGCCGGCGGACUCGGUUUUAGAGAAGAUGCAAGAUGAUUUGAAAAAGGGCGAUAUUAUCAUCGACGGAGGAAAUGAGAACUACCGGAACACUGAGCGGAGACAGAAAGAACUUGAAGCCAAGGGGAUAAGCUGGAUCGGCGCAGGGGUGUCAGGAGGAUAUCAAUCGGCUAGGAGAGGCCCAAGCCUAUCCCUAGGGGGGGACCCAAAAGCGAUUGACAUGAUAUUACCCCUUUUACAACAAUUCGCCGCUAAAGACAGGAGAUCCGGAGAACCGUGUGUUGGGAAUAUGGGGCCAGGGGGAGCGGGGCAUUAUGUAAAAAUGGUGCAUAACGGGAUUGAGAAUGGGAUGUUGUCAUCGAUAUGCGAGGCUUGGGGGGUACUUCAUCAUGGCCUGGGAAAGUCAUAUGAUGAAAUUGGGAAAAUCUUUGAGCGAUGGAACGCCGAAGGAGAGCUCAAAAAUACGUACCUGAUUCAAAUAGGUUCUGAGAUCUGCCAGAGGAAAAAGACAGCUCAUGGGGACAAGAAGGGUGAAGCAGCGAGCACCAGUGGCGGCUACGUCCUCGAUGAUGUUCUUGACAAGGUGGUUCAGGACGACGAUGACACGGAAGGGACUUUGUACUGGGCCGUCAUGGAAGCAGCAGACAGGCACGUAUCCGCACCGACAAUUGCAACUGGCCAAUAUUUGCGAGUCGCAAGUGGGAAUCGCGGACAACGACAGCGUGUGGCGCAGAAGCUGACAAUUCCCCCUCCCACGAAAAUAAACGGGCUCAAGGACGAACAGGCUUUUGUCGAAGACCUCCGUCGGGCCGUCUAUGUUUCCUUUCUCUGCACAUUCUGCCAGGGGCUUGAGUUGAUAGCGCGUGGAUCAAGGGACGAAAAAUGGAAUGUCAACCUGGGAGAUUGCAUGAAAAUCUGGCGUGCUGGCUGCAUUAUCCAAACAGAGUACAUUUCUGACUUGCUUAUGCCGGCCGUAACAUCUGACGCGCGGAUCAUGAAUAUCAAGUUGAUCGACGAAGUCGCAGCGGACCUCAACAAGCAUUAUGAUGCUCUGAAGUCAACCGUGCUCAAGGGAACGGAGGCGAAUUCCUAUAUUCCAUCACUUUCUGCAAGCCUGGAGUAUCUCAAGUACGAGGCUGCGAAGAUGCUUCCAACGCAGUUUAUGGAAGCGGAACUCGACUUUUUUGGCGCUCAUAACUAUGAUCGCCCAGGAGUGAGGGGAGAAGAUCCUGGGAAGGUAUCCAAAGGCACGCAUCAUUAUGAGUGGAGGCCUGCAUAG